UCCAGCCAAUCAGGGAAAAGCAGGCUGCGUCCAGCCAAUGAGGGAAGAGCAGGCUGCGUCUUCACACACACACAAGCCUCUUAAGGUGCUCACGGCGCGCGUCCACUGGCACUUAAGCACCGACGCACCCUAUUCAUUUCAAUGGAGAGAGCCGCCGCAUGCCGCGAUGCAUGCUGGGUUGCGUUGCGUUGAGAGCAGCCCCGCCCUCCGGCAGGAAAGUUGAUCAGAUCUCAACUUUAUUCAAAUGAAUCCGGCCGCCGCGCUGCGUCCGGCCAAUCAGAGCAGAGUAGGCUACGUCACGUAGAGCGUCACACACAGAAAAGGCGCAAUUCAAAAUGGAGGAGAAGCUGAUAACAGCGGUCUCUGGCUUCCCUGAGCUUUAUGACCCCUCACUUGUUAUUUACAAGGACCUUAAUAGGCAGAAUUUUGCAUGGCGGAGGGUUGCAGAGUGUGUGGGGGUCUCGGGUGAGUGUAUAAAGUGUUCUGUUCCACCCCCAGAGGAUAUCUGUAGGACUCUGUGGCGCAGUCUCCGUGACACCUACAAAAAGGAGGUAAAAAGAGAGAGAGAGAAGAUCAGGAGUGGGGCAGGGGCCUCAUUACACCGUCCAUGGCGGUUCAUUAAUGUAAUGGGGUUCCUUGCCCCAUUUGUUGAGGCAAAGGAAACUACAUCAAACCUAAUGAGAUGCUAUUCAGCUGCAGCCUCAUCCAGCCAGCCAGGCAGCAGUCAGCCAGGCAGCAGUCAGCCAGGCAGCAGUCAGCAAGGCAGCGGCAGUCAGCAAGGCAUCAGCAGCAGUCAGCAAGGCAGCAGCAGCGGCGACAGUCAGCCAGGCAUCAUCAGCGGCAGUCAGCGAGGCAUCAGCAGCGGCAGUCAGCAAGGCAGCGGCAGUCAGCGAGGCAGCAGCAGCGACAGUCAGCCAGGCAUCAUCAGCGGCAGUCAGCGAGGCAUCAGCAGCGGCAGUCAGCAAGGCAGCGGCAGUCAGCGAGGCAGCAGCAGCGACAGUCAGCCAGGCAUCAUCAGCGGCAGUCAGCGAGGCAGCAGCAGCGACAGUCAGCCAGGCAUCAUCAGCGGCAGUCAGCGAGGCAGCAGCAGCGACAGUCAGCCAGGCAUCAUCAGCGGCAGUCAGCCAGGCAUCAGCAGCAGCGGCAGUCAGCAAGGCAGCAGCAGCAGUCAGCAAGGCAGCAGCAGCGGCAGUCAGCCAGGCAGCAGCAGUCAGCCAGGCAGCAGUUGCAGUCACCUGGGCAUUAGCAGCAGCCAGCCAGCAGCAGCACCACCACCACCAAAGCUAGGCAUCCAGCAGCACCAAAGCGAGCCAGGUAGCAGCCAACACAGCCCAGCCAGCCAGCACAUCCCAGCCAGCAACAGCAGCGGAAAAAUUAGCACCCCUGCAACCACAAAAAAAAGAAAGAGGAGAGAAGCCAUGAGCUCAUUUGAAGAAAAACUGAUCGCAUGUUUAGGUGAGCCCAGCCCACCUCCAUUAGAUGAGGAUGAGUUAUUUUUUAAAAGCCUAAUUCCAGCUCUAAAAAAACUACCUGAUGCAAAAAAAACACUAACAAAAUUGAAAAUACAUCAGCUGAUUGUAGAAGGUCUGGAGGAAUGUGCUUAAAAAAAUUAUGGGUUUCUGUUUUAUAAUCUGUUUGGUUCCAGUUAAAAA